AUGGGUCCUUCUCCUAUGCCUUUUUUGGCUGUGAAAAAUUCAGUGGGGUUACACCACCACUGCGAUUUUACUCGCCGGUGCUUACAGUCUUGUUCUAGGUUUCGACACUCUCACUCAACGAAACGUCAUCCAACAGAAUCUGAGCCGAAAAUUGGUCCAUAUAUUGUCAGGGUUGCUAUUCAUGGUUGCCUUGCCAAUUUUCAGGAUAGCGCGUCAACCAAUGCUCGCUAUUUUGCCUCAUUGGUUCCUCUGGUGAAUUGCUUUAGACUUCUUGUUCACGGCCUCUCACUGGUAUCGAAUGAAGGACUCGUAAAAUCUGUUACCCGAGAAGGGAACCCAGAGGAGUUGCUCAAGGGGCCUCUAUAUUACGUUCUGGUAUUAAUUCUCUGUGCCGUCCUUUUCUGGCGUGACUCUCCAAUCGGGCUGAUCUCUGUGUCAAUGAUGUGUGCUGGGGACGGUGUCGCAGACAUCAUGGGAAGAAAAUUCGGGUCUGUGAAGAUCUUGUAUAAUAAAAAGAAGAGCUGGGCCGGUAGCAUAUCAAUGUUUGUUUUUGGAUUCUUGGCUUCUGUUGGAAUGUUAUACUACUACUCAGUCUUGGGAUAUUUCCAGCUAGAUUGGGUAUCGACAGUGCAAAGAGUAGCUUUUGUUUCGCUGGCUGCAACCUUGGUUGAGUCUCUGCCAAUAACGGAGCUAGUAGAUGACAAUAUAUGUGUUCCUCUGGUGAGCAUGGCGGCAGCAUAUAUGAGUUUCAGUUAAACUGGUAAAAAUGCUCCCCUGUUGGUUCAUAUAGUUUAGCCAUUUUUUUUUUUUAACCAAAAUUUUCAUAGACCAACUACUUGUGCCUGCCCAGUAAUGUGUUCCUUCACUCAAAAGUGGAAUUCUAAUAUUUAAAUUUGAUCUAUUUUAAAGCAACAAGUUUUUCUAAAUAUUCA